AUGGCAUCUACUAAUGAGAAACAGGUGAACAAGAAACAGGUUUCUUGGCCAAGAAACUUGUUUCUCGCUCAAGAAACCUGUUUCUCGGCCAAGAAACUUGUUUCUCGUUCAAGAAACCUGUUUUUCGGCCAAGAAACUUGUUUCUUGUGCAAGAAACCUGUUCCAUUGACUUCUUUGUUAGCUGAAGUUGGGCUAAAUAUCCAGGAAGCACAUGCCUUUUCCACUGUGGAUGACUAUUCUCUAGAUGUCUUUGUCGUAGAUGGAUGGUCAUUUGAGGUCACUCUGGAAGAGCAACCAAACGUGACUUUUGUGUGCCGCUCAGCCGAGCAAUGCUGGGAAAUGGUUCUGUUGAGAGUUAAUCAAGAAAUAACGAAGCAAAUACAUUUGGGCAAGAAAGGAUUACCAACUCUACAGCCCUCGACUAGCAUCAACGAGCUCAAAAUGUUUGGUUUUCGUUCUUUGUCCAUUGUUCAGGCAAUCGAGGCAAUCGAUCCAAAUCAUGAGUGCACGGAGUAUUGGAAAAAACAAGCUCCUGAACAAGAAAUCGAUGUCAAGUUCAAAAGAUAA